AUGAUUGUAGGGUGUAAAGUCAGCAGAAGGCAUCCGAAGACAUUCCGGGUGAUUAUCAUAAGAGAAAAAGACGAUACGAAACGUUAUGAUUUCGAGGCGCAGAGCACCGUCGAUGCUGCAGAAAUCGUGGAGGAGAUCAGGAAGGGUAUGGAGCCGUAUGAUCAGCAACAUCAAAUGAUGGCGUGA